AUGGCGUCUUUACAAUCCUCUAUGCUGCGCGGAGGAGCCGGCGGUAGCGGCGCAGCAGGCCGAGGUCUGCCCUCGUCGACGUCGAAGCGAUCAAAGCAGGAUGAGGCACGCCUCCCCGAAGCCUACCAGCAGGAAAAGCCGCCAUGGAGGCCACCACUCCACCCAGCAUCCAGCGAUCGCGGUGUUCCGGACCUCUUCCCCACCAAACCUGGCCAGCCCGAGGACGACAUGUCGCAGAUAUCGGUGCGCAAAGGUUUCGCUCCCCGCUCUCACGUUCAAAACGAGUCGUUUUCGGCACACGACGCCAUCUACGCUCGACUCGCUGCCCCUGACGCCAUCCGCACCCUCUCGAGUUGGAUGGACGAGGUCGUGCAGCGUCGUCGCCAACUCGAUCGUGCCAGCGUCGCUCCGAGUCAGUACAAGCCGCCUUCUCGUGUCACGCUCAACGAUACCAAGCUCGCCAAUUACGUCAAAGACCUUGCCGAUCCUAGCGUACCUCUCACACGUCUUUCGAGGAGCGUCCCUCACGGCUUUCGUGGCGAGAAGCUCUUCGAGAUGCUCUGGGCAGGUGGUGCUCUACCUUCGAGCGGUGCGGCUGCUGCUGCUGCUGCUGCCACCAGCAACUACUUUCACUCACGCACGCCAGCCGCAUCCUCUGCCUCGACGCCUUCCGCCAACGCUUCCGUCGCUGCCACCCCAGCUCCGAGAAAGAGCGUCGACAUCUCGCGCGCUGUCUGGUUCAUCCGCGCACUGGGCGCUGCAGAGCUUUCGUCGCUCCGCAACAAGUCCGCUGCGACCAUCAUCCCCGAGAUCACAUCGAAUCUGUGCACAUGGAUGGCAAAGCAAAUCGCCGAGCUUAAUCUCGUUCAGACCGCCGAAUCCUCCUCCACCGCCGCUCCUUCCCCCGCUCCCACGUCUCCCUCGACGCAUCUUCCUCGCACGCCUGGUGCUGCUCCUAUGCCUCUGUCGCGCUCCGUGGCAGCUGCACACCUCGCUCGCACCCCGUCCAACCUACACCUGGCCUCGUCUCCGUCUUCGGCGCCCGCCAAAGAGGUCUGUGCCGUCUUGCAGAACGAGGUCGACGAAGAGCGAUGGGUGGCAAAGUGGUCCUACAGCCUGUCGCUAGCUCGUCAUUUGCACGCUCAAAGCCUGCUGGACCGCUCCACGCUCGUCAGGUGGAUCGUCGAUGCGUUUGCCGCUUCCAAUCUCGUCCAGCUUCCCUUCCUCCUCGAGCUCGUUCAGGAGGUGCUCGUCCUCAUCCUCCGGCGUCGGUGCUUUGCCAAACCUUUCCUCACGGCGUUGCUCGUGCAGAUAUCCAAUGUGGACGCGCGUCUGAAUCUAGUGGCCGGUGGUGGUCUGCGAACCAAGCUCGUGCUACUUUUCCGCAUCGUCUGCGAGAACAGCCCCGACUCGCUCAUCAGUGCUCGUCUCUGGUCGGAACAUGCGAUCACACUCACCCAGCUGCUUAAUGAGACCAACUCUGAUGCGCAGGUCCCAGCUCCUCCUCACCACGUGCUCGAAUUCGUCGAGCAGGCCGUCAGACCACGCGUCGACCGGCUUCUGCUUCGUUCUCAGACCUCUGGUCCCGAAAACUUACUUUCGCUCCCGCUGCAGCAACAUGUCGAUGUCCAGGCCCUCGACUCGUUCGAUAUUCGGACCAUCGACCGCGUCUUCCUGCUCAAUGUGAGCGGCUCCCAUCGUCACGCAAGGCACGAUCGCGACGAUGCCGUCUGGGUCCCCAGAAUCGAAACUAUCCUCACAUGGGCCUGCACCGACCGUCGCUCGGGCGUCGUGCGCCAGUAUCUCGCGGCAACGCUCAUCGAAAAGAUCCGAUUCGGCGUGUCGUGGGAGGAGUCGAGCGAAGAGUCCGACCAAGUUUCGCUGCCUGCCUUCGACCUCGAUGACCACUCCAAAAAGACGCGCAAGAUCAACGUAGAACCUAUGCUGAUCAAGUGGCUCGGCGACGUCGAGACCUCCCUCAAUCAGAAGGCGGGGGAGGCUUCAGACCCGGCGCGCAGCACCUUACUAGCUACCGUCGAUGUCUCUGCCAUUGUCGUCCUCGUCGGCGAGCUCGCUCGCAGGGGCGUCUUCUCCUACACAAAGUACCUGCAGAGGUUGAUUGCUCGCGGCAUGACCACCGCACCGUCAUCGGGCUCCACAGAGCAUGCGAUUUCAACCGGUGAUGGCGCACCUGCACCUGCUGCAACGUCACGCGAUUCUCUGCAUCUGCGCCUUUUGCGAUCCUUGCCGCUCUACGAUCAACCGGCUUCUGUCUACCAGCAGCGAAAGCAGGCCAUUUACGGUGACCGCACAAAAGAGACGUACGAGGAUGCAGCUCAACGUCGAGCCCUGCGUCAGCUUCAAUCUUUCUUGCCUUUCGCCUUUGCGCAAGACGCGGACGCCGUGGAAGGAUCGCACAUCGUCGCACCGCCGCCCGAAGCGAGCCCGAGCGAUCUGGAGAAGGACUUGUCGCGUCUAUGGUCAGCUUCGCGUUUUGUCCGCUGCAGACUUCUGCGGAACGAGUUACUCCCUGCGGUCACGGCACGCGUCGAAAGCCUCAAUGGCGAACAGCUCUCGCAGGUCUCGGCCGUGCUCGUCGCCGCCGACGAUUUCGAAGGGUUGGCCCAGCUCCUUGCUUCUUUGUUGCUGCGUCCGCUCUCGGACAGCAUCGCCCGCGCUGCCUUCAACAUGGUCAUUGAGCACAGCCUCGUCUGGAGAUCCAUGGACAUCUUGGGCACACUCAAACAGCUCGUGCGUCAGCAGCUCAACCAUUCAAGUUCGGUCAGAAACGACCGUCAGGCGGUCAUGGCCUCAACAACGCUGCUCCGCCUUCGAACUCUGAUCGAACGCCUUCCACCUCGCGUGAGCGCACCUGCCCUCGAGACGAAUCCGGAGCACGACGCCAUGCAACAGCACGUGCAAGCGCUCCGGCCCAAUGUCGACGCCUUGCUCGACCGCUUCGCCAAACUCACAAGGUCGAGCUCCGAGUCGAGUGGGAACAGCGCCUCUGCGUCCUCGCCCGUCGACGGUUCAGACAUGCUCACACCUUUCCGCAGCCUCUUCGUGCAGGCGGAUGCGACGUGCGACGAAAUGAUCGAACGGGCCAUCGUGGAGAGCGUCCUGGCCUGCGGCGACGUUUCCAUCGUACCAGCAGCUGUACGAUUGAUCGACCAGCUCUACCUCGAAGCCUCGCUUGAGAUCGAUGAACGGCACGCCCGAUGGCUUUCGCAUCUGGUAGUCAGCAUCGAACAAGGCACACACAGCGACGCAUGUAUCAGGGCGUUGCUCCAUCUAUUGACUCGGUUGAUCGCGCACGGCACGCUCAAUUUGCAGCUCGCCAUGGACGCUUUCCUGCUUCCUUACACGACGUACGCAGUGAGAAGGCUGACGGAUCCAGCUACGCGUGGCGCAGAUGCGACGCUGCACCUCGGCGCCGCCGUCAGCAGCCUCGGCGACAUGUUUGCCAGCCUUUUGGGGGAAAUGGCGCAUGCAACCUCGUACGAAGAUUCGCGUGCAUUUGGCGCUCAAACCACACUGCUUUUUGCCCGAGACAACCUGCCUUCGCUUCUACGCCUUGCCACCUGCUUAAUCUGUGCGUCGGACGAGCCGUCCGCCCUGGCUUCGGCUGACAAGACGCAGAUCGAAUCCUUCUGGAGGGCUCUGCUGCGGUCGGAGCCGAUGCACAUCGCCUUCCGCCAGGAUCCAAGACUUUGCUUAUUGACCGUCAAGGACACGUGCAAGUCCAUGUGGGGCUGCAACCCAUCGCGCGUUAUUGAUCUGGCCAUAGCCUGUCUCGAUCCGACCAGUCUUUUGCUGCGUGAUGUCGCUACCAUCGACGCCGCCUCUGUCAAGAGCCGACUGGACGCUUGGUACACUGCCGUGGUCGCCAACGAGCUCGUCGAGAUCUUUGAGCGCCUGCAGCUCGUCGAAUCCAGUUUCCAAUCCAGAGCCGAUAGCAAGACCAAGGCGUUGGCUUCGGGCAUCUUUGACGAUCUAUUCGUGCGGUUGCCAGACAUUGGGGCGCAGCUGGUGCGCGAUUGCCACUCGAGCGGGCUCGUCUCGCGCUUUACCGACAUUGGCAUCAAGCUGUUGUCGGACAGAGUCAAAGCGGCCGGCGCGAGUGAAACGAAACCACAGCAGCAGCUCGACAGUGCGCUCGAUGGUGACGCACCAGCGUCAGUCGACGAUGGCGUAGAAGCAUCCUCCGCAGACGAGCGAGAAGUCGAAUCGACUCUGCGCUCUGUCUUGCGGAUGUGCGAACAGCAAGACGGCUUUGUCUUCAAUGCCACUGAUGCUGAUUCGUGCGGACAGCUCUUGCUUCACGUUAUCGCCUCGCUCGAAGCCGCACUCGGUCAAAUCGCCACUCGCCCCGAUGACGAUGCACCGCGACUGUCUGCGCUGCUGCAGGACGGCAUGAGCUUCCCGCUGCUGCAUUUGGUGUUGAGGUUCGGCUGCCUCUGGAGCGGCGCGAUGAGAACCGUGGCGCUGCGACUCGUCAAAGUGCUGUUCGAGCUUUUGCGCCGAGCUGGCGAGAAGGCUCAGUGCGGGGGAACGUUCGCGCUCCUGCUCGACUCUUUGAACUUUGUACUCGACGAACUACCACCGCAGCUGCUCGGAGCGUGUCUGCCCGAGCUCGAGAUGCAGUUGCAGACGACGGAGCUGGCUACGCACGAAAGGACCGAAAAGCUGCGGCAACUGUCUUGUCGUUUGGACGAUGCAAGUACGGCUGGAGGAUGGUUUGUAGCGCCGAGCGCUGGAGCGGCGGUGAAGAAGGGCUGGUUCACGCCCGGUGGCUUGAAUCCGUGGGAGUGUGCAGAGUACCUCGACGCGCCGCCGGCAGCCGCUGCGAGUGGUGGCGCUGCGGGGAACGCUGUUCGCACCGGUCCCAUCCAGUCUCGGGGCGCAGCCGCCGCUCAAUCGCCAGCAGCAGCCGAUGGGGACACAUCCACGACGCUGCCGGGCGCGCGAACCGGUUGGAUCUCGAAGCUCUCGCUCAACACAGCCAUUCCCUCGUACAUGCUGGGAUUGCGCGUCACACGCGAUCUGGUGCCACACUACGCAUCGCCCGCUUCGCCCGGUGCUGCUUCGAUCGGAAGCAACGAUGCGUCCUCCAGUCAGCCCUCGUCCACAUCGACGACGGCGGCUGCGAGCACGGGCAAUGCUGCCGCGGCUGUUUCCAGCUCGACUGCUACCACGGCUGCUAGCGCAGCAGUGAUGGAUGGCGAAGACGCGCUAGCGACGCUGCCGAUCUUUGUCGAGUCGGAGAGGACGUAUGGAGAGCGUACGGCGGGCGAGCCUGUUUUCUCGCGCGAUCUGAGGCGCGGGUUGCUGGUGCGCGCGCGUCUUCCGAGGAUCGUCGCGAAUGAGCGGGAGCAAGUCGAGGCGGCGCCAGCGACGGAGGAGAGCGAAGCGAUACAAGUGAUUGAUUUGACAUGGGACGAUGACGAGAUGCCGCUGCAUGAGCCGCAGUCCCAGAACGGGGGAUCGGGGAUGAGCAGGAAACGACGCUUGUCGAAGCGCGAUGCGUGA